UAUGCAACUAGACUGCAUAAACAGAGCUUUUUAGCUGUUUCUAAUAUUUUGCUUACCUAGCUACAGGAAAGGGCCACAAUAUUAGAACCACAUUUCACUUGCAGUGUAGUAUUACACAACUGCAAACCCCUGUUUAUCAAAACUGAGCAUUGUUUUUGUAAAGACAAUUUUUGAUACAGUUCUUGUAUUUUAUUAGAUUUCUGCAAUGAGCAUCAUCUAUUGUCACCACCACUAGUUUGUGACAAGAAUUUAAAUGAUAUGUAAGUAGUAUGCCUGAUUGUAAUACAUUCCUGGUUGUCGGUAUCGUAAUAAUAAAAAAAAAAAAAAAAACAAUACUCCAUCCAUUGCGUUGACUUUCUAUUUAACGUUGAGGUGUUAAUGGCUAUACAGUUUUUAAUUGUUAACUGAUUCCGACAUGACCAGAGGAGUAAGGCCUUUGACUGAAUACACAAGCUCAGACAGUGUGACAGGACAAUGACCUUGGUUAAAUGUUAUUUUUUUGUGGUGGUGGUCUCUCUGAUGUUUUCUGGUGAUCAGAAGGUCCAUUGGGAUGCCUGGAGUGGUCUGGGGUCAUCAAAGGGCAGCUGUCCACUAUAAAGGGGCAUGUCUGCAGCUCCGUCUGCACAUCACUUCAGCCUGAGAGCAGCUGAGGGAAGGAAAGGAGAAGAUCUUUACCUCUUGCUUGUUCAGUUUCAUUCCAAAUGGAAACCAGGUUCCGCUGUGUGCUCCUUUUAUUCUCUUUUGGUUUGGUCUUGCCAAUGCAAAGACCUGAGUAUCACACAGAUCUGGAGAGCAGCGCAGCACCGAGGAACAUUUCCCUCCAUCCUGGCGGCAGGUUACCGCUGUACAUGAUGCAGCUGUAUCGCUCCUUCAGGGCGGCAGAUGCCUCGUCAUCAGUAGCUGUCAACACUUUAGUUGACAGUCGGCCAGCACGAGAGUCAGACUCCGUCCUCAGUCUCAUGGCCAAUGGUUGCCAUCAAGUGGGGGACAGAUGGACCAUUGCAUUUGACAUGUCGUCCAUCUCGACCAGUCACAGGGUCCACCUGGCAGAGCUCCGCAUCCGACUUCCAGGUCUGUCCCCCUCCAAGCGAGCUGUCGUGGAUUUAUAUCACUCCCAAAAGUGUGAGCGAGAAGAUGCAUCAUGCCAGGAUGAGCACCUUCUUCUGGGCAGCCUCACCACAUCAGCCAGCAAGUCUUCAUGGAAAGUUUUGAAUGUGACCCGGCUUUUAAAGUACUGGCUUUACCAGGGAGACAGAAUGUCAGGCCAGGAGGCCUCAGGAGUGCUUGGGCCUGACCAUGGGAGUGGUUCUGGGGAUUACGGGGAAAUACCCAGCAAGGUCCCCUUUAAUAACCCAGGGAGGCAUAGAAAGCGGCCACCAAUUGCAAAUCGAGCCAUGAUGCUGAUUUUCUUUAAACAUGACCUCCCCCAGGAGGGUCACUUGGCAUACAGCCUCAUACACACAGUAGAACACUCCAAGUACGUCACCAAGGAGAGAAGCAGGGCCGAGAGCCAAAGUCGGCGCCACAAAAGGAACAGGAUGGAGAGGGUGAGUGUGGUGGCUGCCCCCGCGCCUACUGCAGCACCAGCACCUGACAGUGUGCAGCAUCCACUGUGUCGCAAAGUGGACAUGUGGGUGGACUUUGACCACAUUGGCUGGGAUGAGUGGAUUGUGCACCCUAAGCGCUUCAACGCUUAUCGCUGCGAGGGGGAGUGUCCGACACCCCUAGACGAAAGCUUCCACCCGACCAACCAUGCGUACAUGCAGAGCCUCUUGAAAUACCACCACCCAGAGAGGGUAAGCUGCCCUUCCUGUGUGCCCACACGCCUCAGCCCUCUGUCCAUGUUAUACUAUGACAAUGACGACCUGGCCCUACGUCAUCAUGAAGACAUGAUCGUUGAAGAGUGCGGCUGUCACUGACUUGAACGUCAUUGUUUGUCUCUUUGCUGCACCUGACAACAUGCAUGAUGCUACGAUGGGCAAUGACAUUUAUCAUCCAUACUGGGUGAUACACAAUACUUUUUUCUGUCUUUAGUAUGGAAAUGUUUAUCUAUUUAUACACUAUGUAUAGCUACAUCAUCUGUAUAUUUUGUACAUAA